AUGUCCAAAACGUUUUACACUCAAUUUUUAAGUAAUUUUUCUCAGUUGUUUGAAAGUGGUAAAAGCUUUGAUCUCCUUUUAUAUGCAGGCAGUGAACGAGAUAGUAAUAGAAAGGAAUUCAAAGUACAUACACAAAUACUGUGCGCCCAAUCAGCUUAUUUCCAAGCUGCACUAUCAAAAGAGUGGCUCAAAAAGGCAGGUGAUUAUUAUGUUUUUGAAAAAGCAAACAUUGAGGCCGAUGUGUUUGAAAUUAUUCUAAGAUAUCUAUAUACAGGAGAGGUGAAUAUAGAAAAGUGUGACGGAUUUCAGAUUGUUAAAUUACUAGUUGCAUCGGACGAACUGGGUUUGGUUGAUCUACUCCAAUUCGCGCAGAGUUAUCUUAUUGAAUCGAGACAAUCAUUCAACGUUGAUCAACUAGUCCGGAUUCUCAAAUUAAUUUUCCGACUGGAAUCAUGCAAAACGCUCAGACAGUUGUGCCUUGAUGCAUUUUGCAACGACCACGCAAAGCUGUUCGGUUCUGACGAUUAUUUGACAUUGGAAGAAGACAUAUUUAUCCAGAUACUGCGAAAUGAGAACUUGCGUAUGAAAGAAGUUGACUUGUGGAAAUAUGUCUUGAAAUGGGGCAUAAGCAGACAUCCAGAGCUGAAAAACUCACCGGCUGAAUGGUCGACAGAAGGCGUAAAUCGAAUGAAAAAGACAUUGGCGCCGUUAAUUGAAUGCAUUCGAUUCUUUGCAAUGUCCGCCGAGGAAUAUUAUGACGAAGUUAGGCCAUACAAAAAAUUAUUUUCUAAAAAGCUAAGGGAAGAAAUGUUGCAAUUUAUCAUGCUACCAUCCAGGAAACCAAGCGAUAUCAUGACUCGAACCAGAUUGUUAAACUCGACAUUGAUUAGUUGUUCUAUUGCAGCUCUCAUUGCCGGAUGGAUUGAUUCAAAGAUAAAAACCACUUCAUAUGACGAGAUUCCCUAUGAGUUUACACUUAUCUACCGGGCGAGUCGUGAUGGAUUUAAUGAUCAAAAAUUCCGUAGCAUGUGUUCCAACAAAGGUCCGACAGUUGUUAUUGCGAAAGUAUUGAAUCAGCCGUAUAUAUUUGGUGGCUAUAAUCCUUCGUCUUGGGUCGGUUAUAAUUUAGUUAGCGCUCAAUGUUGCAAUCGUGGUACCAAUAGUUUCAUUUUUGAAAUUCCUGACGGAAAGUCGACUACGGGAGCACGUAUUGGUAGGUUCCGACGUGAAAAUGGAUACUACGCGGAUCAUCACAGCAGCCAUGGUCCACGCUUUGGUAGUAAUUUCUGUAUAAAUGGACAAGCAUGGAGUUCAAAUAUGUCGAGGAAUAUUGGCAUUUCACGAAGAUGGCCUUCAAAUACUAAUACAUCAAUAUGUUGUACCUAUGGAAUUGCAUGCAAUGUUACGCGUGGAACUCUUGAGGAAUACGAGCAACCAAUGUCCAUUGAAUUCAAAAUUUUGGAUAACAUGGUUAAGCGGACGUUAUUAGAAAUUUAG